UAGAUAUUUCGCAGCUACUUUGCAGUCGGAGCAUCAGAAAAUGCUAAAAACGUUGCUUUUUAUUCUAAUUUUCUUUAAUAUUCCCAUUAUUGCCAUUGAAGAAAUCCCGGAUAUCAAAGAAAACGGUGAAAAAUCGUCGUACACUCAAUUCGACAAUGGCGCCAAACUGGAGGUCAAUAAAGAGCACAAACGCGUCAUUAAGAUUGGUCAUAUCGGAGCUGUCGGGGUGAUGCCGAAUGAUGCUCGAAUUUUGAAUAUUAGCAAGGAAAAUCUGAUCGAAGAGGGUCUUGUCGGCGAUGAUAUUGAAUUUGAGAUAGUGUCACGACAGGCUUGCAGUGAGAGUUUUGAGGGAGUUGCAGUCGCUGCAGAACUAUAUCAUGUUCAUCAGGUCAGAGCCUUUAUUGGACCGUACUGUGCAGCAGAGCUCGAAGCUGUGACAAAAAUGGCAACUUUCUGGAAUAUUCCAAUUAUCUCUUAUUCUAGUGUUCCAAAUGCUGUUUCAGAUCGUAGUGUCUACAAAACAUUGGCAAGAGUUUCGUCGAAAAACACAAAUUCUAUAGCAGAAGCGACAGUCGCCUUGCUUCUACACUACAAGUGGCUAAAGGUGGCUAUCGCUACAAACACCGGAAGCACAGCUUUUGAAAGAGUCUCAAUUUUCGAAGAAAUCAUGCACAGGGAAGGUGUGACUAUAGUCAAAAAAGUAAUGUUUGAUGAGAACACUGAUGCAAACGAAAUGAUGAAUUCCGGGCAACUCGGAGAUUUGGCCGCUAACGCGAGAAUAAUAAUUUGCCUCUUCUCAUCUACAAAAGAACUAUCCAAAGAGUUUAUGCAAGCUACGUACACAAUGAGAAUGAAUAAUGCAGAGUAUGCCUAUAUAAUUCCAUGGUUGCAAAGUGGAACGAAAGAUUUGACGCCGUGGAUUGGAGCAGAUGGGGAAAUGCUCCAAAGAGUUAAGGAUCAUUAUGCGAAUGCUAUUAUAGUUGAUGACGUCAAUGGAUUUGAUGAUAGUGUUGUUAGCUCUUUUGUCGAGAAGAUUGAGAAACAUGGAAUGCAGAAAUCUGAUAUUGAUGUGACUAAUAUUAAUGGAUAUCUUCACUUGUUUGAUUCUCUAAAACUUUAUGCAUUGGCAAUUCGGAAAGUGUUGAAUGAAACUGAUAAUGAGGCUUAUGUGACUAAUGGACAAUUUAUUUGGAAUAGAAUGAGACGAAUGAAAUUUGAAGGAGUUGUGAGCAGAUCCAGCUCUGAGGAGAAUAAAGACGCAGGAGCAAUUGGCACAGUGCUCAUGGAUGACGUAGCAGAUCGGGCACCAAUCUUCUCAGCAUUCUAUAUAUCUCCAAAUCGGGAUAAAGUCAUGAAAAUGGUGAAUAUGGAAAGCGAGUUAAUAUCCAACUGUGAUGGAUUGAAGAAUAAAAGUGGAUGUUUCCAACUGAAAAUCAACGACAUCAAAUCGGGGUUCUGGCCAAGCGAGGAUGGCUCAAUGCCACUUGAUGAGCCAAUUUGCGGAUAUCGAGGACAGAGAUGCAGUUACCUACUGGAAAUCAGUGUUGGAUCACUUAUCAUUCUUUUAAUUUUAAUAUCAGUUGUGUUUUUCUUCUUGUUUAGAUACUGCGAAAACAAGCAACUUGAAAAGAUGCCUUGGCGAAUUUUCCACGACGAUCUGCAGUUCAUCGACGAGGAGCAAGUCAAAUCAAUGAUGUCAGUUGGCUCAGUGACUACCAAGUUGAGCAAUAUACAGACAGGUCAAAAGCAGCAUGCAAUAAUUGGUGUGAACACCCACACCACCUAUCAUCGUUACAAACAAAGAAGACCCAUCAAGUUUAUAAAAGAGGACAUGCAGUUGCUGACACAAAUGAAACAAGCGGUUCAUGACAAUUUGAAUCCAUUCCUUGGAGCUGCUUUUAAUGAGAAAGAGGAAAUGUUGGUUUUGUGGAAGUUUUGUAGCAGAGGAACGAUUCAGGAUAUAAUCUACAAUGCAAAUGUAGUACUUGAUGAGAAGUUCCAUGGAGCUUUUGUUAGGGAUAUUACUUUGGGUUUGGAGUAUCUUCACGCGUCGCCUAUCGGCUAUCACGGAUCCCUUACACCAUGGUGUUGCUUGAUUGAUCGAAACUGGAUGGUUAAGCUGUCGGAUUACGGUAUCGCUAAUCCACUGGAACGAUGGGAAAAGCAAGGGGCUAUUGAGAUUGCUGCUGCAAAAGAUUCGGACGAUAAGAGUCAAGCAUCGCAGGCAACUUCAAUAAUCUAUAUGGCUCCUGAACUUCUGAAAAAUCGAGAAACAAACAAGAGAAGAGGAAUGGAUCAAAGUUGGGUGAAGCAAUCAAUGCUGAGAAGACAAGCCGGAGAUAUUUAUUCGUUCGGGAUGGUCAUGUAUGAGAUUCUAUUCAGAAGUUUGCCCUUCCGGGAUAAUACAAACAUCAGUGAACUUGUCGACUAUCUAGCAGACGGAUCGAAAACCGUGUCACCGGAGAUUCAAAACCAAAUGGGACUCCAUCCAGAUCUGAACGCUCUGCUGAGGGAUUGCUGGAGUGAGAAUCCAGAGAUUCGGCCGUCGAUUCGACGAGUUCGACUGAAUACGGAGAUGGUCUUGAAAACAAAAGGAAGUCUCGUUGAUCAAAUGAUGAAGAUGAUGGAACAAUACGCAAACAAUCUGGAGAAGCUUGUCGCUGAAAGAACUGGAAUGUUAGAAGAAGCCAACAUCCGUGCUGACCAACUCCUCACCCAACUCCUACCAGCCUACGUGGCAAAUGAGCUGAAAAUGGGAAGAUCUGUUGCUCCGAAGCUUUAUUCAUCGGCGACAAUUCUAUUCUCAGAUAUUGUCGGAUUCACUACAAUAUGCUCCGGCUCAACUCCACUGGAAGUUGUCAAUAUGCUUAAUGGGCUGUACACUGGAUUUGAUGAAUGUAUAACUCGGAAUAAGAGUUACAAAGUGGAAACUAUCGGAGACGCUUAUAUGGUUGUAUCUGGGAUCCCUGAAGAAAAUGAAUAUAAUCAUUCGAGGAACAUUGCGAAUACUGCACUAGACAUGCGUCAGUACCUAACCGGAUAUCAAAUUCCACAUCGUCCAACCCAUCGUGUCCGUUGUCGCUGGGGAUUCCAUACAGGAUCCGUCGCCGCCGGAGUCGUCGGGUUGACGUGUCCAAGAUAUUGUCUCUUCGGUGAUACUGUCAAUGUUUCGUCAAGAAUGGAAUCAACUGGAACGCCUGGAAUGAUCCAAAUGAGUGAGGAGGCUCAUAUGCACAUUAGAGCUCAUCAUCCGGUGUUUACAACGACUGAAAGAGGAGAGGUUCAAGUGAAAGGAAAGGGCACUUGCAGGACAUUCUGGUUGGAGGAUCGAGUUGGUGACGCCUCGACUACAAACUACAUUCAGAAUGUGGAAGGAGUUUAGCUACUCAGCUCUGAAAUCUAUAAAAUUUCAAAAUGAUAACUUUCCUUAUUUUUGAUAACUAUACAUACUGUCCCUACCAAUUGAACCUUUUUGUUGCUUUUUCUGAUGGUACACCCUUUUUGGUCCUUUUGUAGUUUGCCUAUUAAUCACAGAAAUAACUCGUUCAGCUUUCCUAUUUUUUAAACUUCUUUACGUUAUACAAACAUCGUCAUUUAAAAAAAAUCUUCAUAACUUAUAAUUGGAACUUUACAUUUUCCGACCAUCCUACCUGAUAAUUCUCACCAUUUUCCCAUAUUUAUAUAAUUACAAAAAAAUGAAUAAAUAAUUCCAGGUUGAAAUUUGAAA